AUGGCUAUGCUAAAAACCAUGGAUAUGAGGAUGGAUAAAAUGGAUCAAACGAUCCAUGCUAUUCGGGUGGGUUGUGAAAACUGCAAUGGGCCUCACCUCACUAGAGACUGUGGUUUAGAUGAGAAUGGAAACAAGAAGGUGCAAGUGUGUUACUUAAGUGGAGACCGAUAUGAUGAAGACUGGCGCAAACAAAAGAAAGAGUGGCUCCCUUAUGAAAAGUACAAGAAAGCCAAGGAGGAAAGGUUUAGGCAAAAAGGGAGAGGAUUCUACCAAAAGGAGGAGCCAGUGCAAGAGAGGAAGCCAAGCUUGGAAGAAAUGCUCACCAAAAUUGUAGCUACUUCAGAAAAAAGACAUAGUGAUCAUGAUGCUGCAAUUCAAGAAACAAGGACCAUGCUUAGGAACCAGCAAGCAUCUAUCCACAAUAUAGAAACGCAGCUUGGGCAACUUGCUCAACAAAUCAACCAAAGGUCACCGGGCGAACUUCCUAGCAAAACUGAAAAUAACCCACGAGGCGCGCACAUAAACAUAGUUACAACAAGAAGUAGGAAGAUAAUCACUCCCUUGGCACCUAUUCAGACUGAGUCAUCCAAGGAAUCACAGAAGGAGGAGGCGGAAAAGCAAGCAGAAAAGCAAAACAUACAAUCUGACAGCCCUACUCGCCGAGUACCACGUAUGGAAUCGGCAAGUACACCUCCAAAUCCCAACGAGAAGGUUCCUGAAAUGCUUUACCAGCCUCCAAUGCCAUACCCAGCCCGAGCUAAGAAGGAGAAGCCGAAAGAGGAGUAUCAGAAGAAGAUGGAAGAAGUGAAGAAGGUAGUACUCAAUGAAAACUGCUCAGCUGCUAUGCUAAAUAAGCUACCAAAGAAGAAAGGUGAUCCGGGGAGUUUGACUUUACCUUGCCAAUUUGGCAACUUGGCCACCAUUCAUGCCUUAGCCGAUUCGGGAGCAAGUGUGAACCUAAUGCCAUACUCAUUAUUUAAGAAGCUGGAUCUCCCGAAACCAAGGCCAAUUCGCAUGGAAAUUCACUUGGCAAACAAGACAAUCACCUUCCCAAGAGGCAUAUGCGAAGACAUACUAGUCAAAGUGGACAAAUUCAUUUUUCCCGCUGAUUUUAUCAUCCUAGACAUGGAGGCGGAUCCACAAGUGCCCAUCAUCCUUGGAAGGCCCUUCCUCAACACAGCAAGUGCUAUAGUAGACAUGCGGGACUCGAAGCUCACCUUGCGGGUAGGAGAAGAUCCAGUCACAUUUGGGGUAGACCAAUCUAUGAAGUAUUCAAGGAACAGUGACAACAUGGCAUUCUCAAUUGAUAUGAUUGACGAAUUAUUGGAGGAAUGCAUAACUGAAGAUUCCAGCAAGUUCACAACUGAUGAUGAAGAAUUUGAUCCAGAAAAAGACUUAAUGGAAAUUGAAAGACUGCUGGAAGAAGCAUAUUAUGAAGAAUUGGUGAAGCAAACUGACAGUCCUACUCACUGA